GCCGAGCACCAUGGGAGACGCCGGGAGCGAGCGCAGCAAAGCGCCCAGCCUGCCGCCUCGCUGUCCCUGCGGCUUCUGGGGGUCCAGCAAGACUAUGAACCUCUGUUCCAAAUGCUUUGCUGAUUUUCAGAAGAAACAACCAGACGAUGAUUCCACUCCAAGUACAAGUAACAGCCAGUCAGAUUUGUUUUCUGAAGAGACCACCAGUGACAACAACAAUACCUCUAUAACUACGCCAACUCUUAGUCCCAGCCAGCAGCCGCUUCCGACAGAAUUGAAUGUAACUUCACCAAGUAAAGAGGAGUGUGGGCCAUGCACAGAUACAGCUCAUGUCUCGUUAAUCACACCAACCAAAAGAUCCUGUGGUACAGAUUCACAGUCUGAGAAUGAGGCUUCUCCAGUGAAACGGCCACGACUACUGGAGAAUACCGAACGGUCCGAGGAAACCAGCCGAUCUAAACAGAAGAGUCGACGCCGAUGCUUCCAGUGCCAAACCAAGCUGGAGCUGGUGCAGCAGGAGCUGGGAUCAUGCCGUUGUGGUUACGUGUUCUGUAUGUUACAUCGCCUCCCGGAGCAGCACGACUGUACGUUUGACCACAUGGGCCGUGGCCGAGAGGAAGCCAUCAUGAAAAUGGUGAAACUGGACCGGAAAGUGGGGCGCUCCUGCCAGCGCAUCGGGGAGGGGUGCUCCUGAAGGCCGGGCACGGCCGCCACGUGACGCUGUUCUUAGUUCACUAAUGUUAGCCUUAUUUAGGACAAAGUCAGCCAGACACCUUGUACUGGGCACGCGUCAGACUACAGCCAGUCCGUUUCCUUUCUUUAGCCAGCCAUCCUGGUACUGUAGUUUAGGGGUUGAUGGUGGUUGAAAUUGAUUUCUGGCUGGUUACUAAGGUGCCUGCUAGCCAUUGUAUAAAUUAAAACAUGAAGAAUAUUUUUUUUGAGCAUGGCUAGUGGAUUUAAAACAACACAUACCUGUCACUGCUGGAGUCAAACUUAUAAAAAGCCUUAAGCGGAAAGUGUUCCAGAUGGAGACUCUGAGUUAAUAGAGGAGUAGAAGCUGAUGUUAAAGUCCCCACGACGCACAUGGCUUUGCCAGAAACUCUGAUGUUCGGCCUUUCACCUCUUCACUUAUCCUUAGUCUCAGUAGCCAGGAUGCCUGAUGGCCACGCGUGCCUUGGCCACAGGAGGCUGCUGAGAUAGGCACGUGUCUGGGCUGAGCUGGGUGGUGGCCUCACUCUCCCACAGAGCUGGAAAUUGGGGUGGGGGGACAGGUUCUUACGGAAAUUUUUUACCUGACUUGCUAUGGAAAAAAACUCUCUCAUCACAUGAGGAGAAACAGUAACCUCACUUUGAAAAUUAGCUCCAUUCAAGACUAGUCCACGAAUGAGACCCACCUUUUCUACACAGGACCAUGGUCACGAGAAGCAACCAGGGGAGCACCCGGCCUGCUGGCUCUGGUUGCCAUUUGCCAAGUGCAGGGAUCUGGCGAUUGGUCAGAUAAGGCUAACUGCAGCGCGGCCGCUGCGCCGAGGCCCACGAGCUGGCCUCUGCAGCUGGAUUUCUGUAUUGGGAACUCUCAAAAGACGUUUCAUAGCCAACAGGAAUCAGUAGAAGCAUUGGGGAUCAACGAGGGAAGCUGCUGCCCACAGAGUCCGCCCUUUCCUGUGGGGCCUGCUGAGCCCCAAGAGGGGCCGAGGAUGAUGCCGUGGCCUCUGCCCCUCCUUGCUGUGCUGCCCCGUAGUCCAGGCACAGCGGCGCACAUCUCCCACCCAGCGAGCUUAGUACCGCGAGGCAGCGGAUUCCCAGGGACAGCGGGCUCGCCCUCACUGGAACCAUGGUCUGUGACCCAGCUCCUAGGGACACACUUGCUCUGGCUGGCGGGGGUGGGGGGGUGUGUUGCUCAGCCUGUGCCUCUUCAUGUGGGCAGAGAGAAAUUCCAAGUUCCGUAGCUGCAGUAGUAGCUCAGGCCAGGUCAGCGGAGAAGGGGCUGUUAGGAAAUCAUCACCAAUCCGGUGGGAAGGGGGUGGGUAGGCAGGAAAAGAGUCUCUUGAAAGCCUGAGUGGACGUGAGUGGCCCCAGAGCCCCCAUCUGUGCAGGUUGGUGAGGGGAGGUGAGUCCUACCGAGGUUGUCUGGCUCUCCCCACACACAGGCUUCUGGAAUAGUUUAACCCAGCAACUUUCCCUUUUAUACCACAGCAAACAGUUCAACUCUCUGCAAAUUAUCAGCUGAAUACCUGCAACUGCAAAUGUUUUUUGAUCCGAAAUACAAAAUCAUGCUCUUCCUAACUU